CCACCACACAUGUGAAUCGCUCAGUUGAGUUGAGUUGAGGGAAAGGCGAGAGCGUUAUGAAAUUCCGUGUGAUAUGGCCUUUUGGUUCUGGUAAUGCCCAGGCCAUUCCCCGGUACCCAGUACCCAGUACCCAGUGCUGCUCAGUGCCCAGUAGACAUCACCAUUCACGACUACCAGAACCAGAAGCCGAGGCGAAACCGAUAGACAAUGUCCGGCUGGGCAGCAACCAGAUGAUUACCGUAUGUGUUUUGUAUAUGGGUAGUCCGCAGUCCGCCGUUCGUGCACAUUCAUCACUUGCCGGCGAUGGCAGACGGACGCACAGUGGAAAACGGCAACGGACGGGGAGGAGGCGGAGACGAAGGACCCACAUCCCCCAAAUAUGCGAUCCUCGACUGCGAUGGUGGAAGUGACGAUGCCUGGGCACUGCUCCUGCUCCUGCAUGCAGCCGAGAGCCAUGGGAUCCAUCUCCUAGCCAUCACAACCAUGGGAUGCGGGAAUACCAGCAGGGAGAAUGCGGCACGCAAUAUGCGACGGAUUCUGGAUGCCUGCAAGCGCACAGAUAUUCCCAUAUACUUAGGAGCGGUGGAUCCCCUGAUUCCUUCCACUGAGGAUGAAAAAAAGUAUUUCCAUGGCUGCGAUGGCUUCGGUGACUGUCUAACCGACGACGGCAGUCCAGUGGAGAGUAUUGUUCAGCCUGAGCAUGCAGUGACCGCCAUCUAUGAUCUCUGCCGUGCCAGGCCCAAACAGAUCACAAUUUUCGCCGUUGGCCCACUCACUAAUCUGGCCCUGGGCUAUACGAUGUAUGGUGAAAAGUUUGGAGAGAACUUCCGGGAUAUGUUCAUUAUGGGUGGAAAUUAUCAGGGAGUGGGUAACUCCUCACGGUCAGCGGAGUUUAAUUUCCAUUCGGAUCCAGAGGCGGCACAUACGGUACUGCUGAAGACCCGCUGUCACAUCACCAUCCUGCCAUGGGAGCCCUGUCUCCCGGAUAGAUUUAAUAUACCCAUUAACUGGCGGCUCAAGGAGUUUGCUGCCAGGGCCAAGCACGCUGGCCAUCCGGCGAUCACAAUGCUCAACCAGGUGGAGGCUGCCCAAUGGCUGCCAAUGAUCGAACAGUAUGGAAUUGAUACAUGGAAUCCCUGCGAUGCCAUUGUGGUGGCUGCCUGGCUAUUCGAGGAUCAUUUGAUCCGAAAGCACAGUACCUGGCAUGCAACUGUUGACCUGCGUGGCACCCAUACCCGUGGUCAGAUGGUACUCGAUCAUCUGCGGGAACGUGAAAAGUAUCCGGAAAAUGUUCGGAUCAUCGAGCUGGUCGACGUUGAGUUCUUCAAACGGAUCUGCGAGUGGGUCGCCGGGUUGGACGGCGGAUCACUACUUCACGACACUCAAUAAACCCAUUAAUCAGUAAUAGUAAA